AUGGAAGGUAAAUCGCAACAAAUUUGGGAUACGGUGGCACAAAAUCCAACUAACGAAGCGCUAGCCAGAUACGUCUCUGAGUUCAAGAACCUCCAGAGUCGUCUGGCUUCUGCUAUGGAUGCGAUUGAGAAGAAUAACAUGAAACGCCUUCGUCAGUUAAUCGAUGACGAUGUUGUGAGAGCAAGAAAUCCUAAAGGAAUGCGGCUACUGCAUUUCGCUGUGUUGAAGGAACGACACGAGAUGGUAGAACUCAUUGCCAAGGAAUUCCCAAAUGCUGUCAACCUGACUGAUCAGGUCGGUCGGACUGCGUGUCACUACGCUGCCGCUCAAUCGAACGCCAUCUACGACACGCUUAUCGAUUUAGGAGCAGAUCCACAAAUCCCCGACCUGGACGAGUUUUCUGCUGAAGCAUUUCGUCGCUCGCCAGAUCGGCUGCGUCACACAGCGUCGACUGGCUCGAGCCCUGCGAUUCUCUCGCUGUCCACCGACGACGAAUUCUACGAUCCAGGCAAUGAGGCUCAUUUUCACAUUUCCUUUCGUCAUGGCCCAUAUUUCGAAGGUGACAACAAAAUGUAG